GCAGAGAGGAGGAAACUGGCUACUGACAUUCUCCUUAAGCCUCCCACAAAUAACAGCCAUUAGUGGGAAGGUCAGGAGCUGAGCAGGCAGCUUGACUAAGGCACUGAGUACCACUUCAGAAAGCAAGAGGCUAGCAAAUUUUAGAGGGAGUUUAAGUGGGUAAUAGCUGGCUCUAAAGGUACAGCCACUGUUGGCACAAUUGACUCAUAGGGGCUGUUUUCUCCCCCCUCCUUCUUCAUCCUCCUCCCCUCCUCGUUCCAUGCAACAAGAAUAUUUUUAUUGACCACAGGUGGACUUAAUAUAUUUUAAGGCAACAGUUCUUUGGGCUCUUGUUUUUGUUUCUCAGAUAUUGAAUUUGCAGCUUUUGAGACUGGUUUUUGUGUGUGUGCGUGUGCUUAAUGGUGGUGAACUGGAGGGAAGUUUAACAGAAAAGCUUUCAGGAGAUGCCAGGAUCUAAAGGGGAAGACACAUUUGUGUCAACAUAGCGUUUGCUUUCUCAUCUUUCCUCAUUGCACACUAAUGACACACGGCUGCCACUGAAGCUUUCUUGUGAUUCUUUUGUUGUUUUGUGAGAGAGUGAGGUUUAUUGUUGUUCUCCAGUUAAGGGAGAGCUUGCGAGAGUGGUACAUUUGUCCUCUCAAUUUGUAGAUUUUAUUAGAAGAUGAAUGUUCCUUACACAUUAAGUUGAGAAAAACUGGACUCUUCUUCCCCAUUUCUUUUAACCUGACUUGGUGGUGGUGGUGGUUGUUUUUUUAUGAGAGGGCAUGAAUUUUGUUUUACAUUUUUGAAGUUGCAGUGUUUAUGUAAUCCGUGUAGGUGUUCUUUCCCUCUCGCUCCUCCCUCUGGUUUUUCCUCAUAGGAGGCCAAAGUACGUAACAGUACUGGGAAAAUGCAAAGUGCAUUGUUCUAAAUAGAGCUUGGUUUUUAAAAAGUAGUUGGUGGCAGUGGCGUUCGGUUUUUCAUUGUAUCUAGCCUGUGUUAACAAUCUUUAUGCUGGUGGCAAUCCUAAAAGGAAAUGCUGUGGUUUGUUUUGUUUUUCUGGAUAGAGUUGCCUUUUUAUUUCGUUCAUUUCACCCACUCCCUUUUGUGAUCUGAAAGGUUAUUGUAUAUUCCUCAUCCAAGAACUUUACGUUUUUUAAAAAUAAAUAAAUAAAUCAACUUUUGAUCUUUAUGGAAAAGAGAGAAGACACUUCUCUUUCCCCCGACUUCUGCUCCUUGAGGCAUUUUAGGCAAUUAACAGGGGAAAACAAAGAUGUGAGAGAUGAAACAUGCAUGCAGUUCUUUCCUAGUUUUCUUUUUAAAAGAAGUUGGAGAUCGUCUUAUUUCAUCCCACCCCCUUCUUUUUUGUCAGAAGAGGCAGAAGUGGAUGUGAGAGACAGAGACACUCAGAAAGACACAGAACGAAAGAGGGCAAGAGACUUGACUUUGAGAGACUCCUGUGCUGACAACUCCAUGCAGUUCGGAACAAGGACAGCAACGGCCGAAUCUGGUUUCAUGGGGACAUGGCAGAACGCUGACACUAACCUCUUGUUCAGAAUGUCCCAGCAGGCCAUACGCUGCACACUGGUAAAUUGCACGUGUGAAUGUUUCCAACCGGGGAAGAUAAACUUGAGAACCUGCGAUCAGUGUAAACAUGGAUGGGUGGCACAUGCUUUGGACAAGCUUAGCACGCAGCAUCUGUACCACCCAACUCAAGUGGAGAUUGUACAAUCCAAUGUAGUGUUUGACAUCAGCAGCUUAAUGCUCUACGGGACUCAGGCCGUUCCGGUGAGACUGAAGAUAUUGCUGGACCGACUGUUCAGCGUCUUGAAACAGGAAGAAGUGUUGCACAUCCUGCAUGGCUUGGGCUGGACACUUCGGGACUACGUUCGGGGUUACAUCCUUCAGGAUGCUGCAGGCAAAGUGCUGGACCGCUGGGCCAUCAUGUCCAGGGAAGAAGAGAUUAUUACCCUUCAGCAGUUUCUGAGGUUCGGGGAAACCAAAUCCAUCGUGGAGCUGAUGGCAAUUCAAGAAAAAGAAGGGCAGGCAGUGGCUGUUCCAUCUUCAAAGGCAGACUCAGACAUAAGGACUUUUAUUGAAAGCAAUAAUCGAACCAGGAGCCCGAGUCUCCUUGCUCACCUGGAGAACAGCAACCCUUCGAGCAUCCAUCAUUUUGAAAACAUCCCCAACAGCCUCGCAUUCCUGCUUCCAUUUCAGUACAUAAAUCCAGUCUCUGCCCCUCUGCUGGGUUUGCCACCGAACGGCCUCCUGCUGGAACAGCCCACCCUGAGACUGCGUGAGCCGAGCCUAUCGACGCAGAACGAAUACAACGAGAGCAGCGAGUCUGAAGUCUCCCCAGCACCUUUCAAGAAUGAGCAGGCAUCCAGCAGGAACGCCUUGACCAGCAUCACAAAUGUAGAGCCCAAAUCUGAGCCAGCGUCUGUGUCCCCCGUACAGACGUCCACCCCUAUCAACGAUUUGUCCAAGCCGGAACAUACGAAAAGCUCUUUCAGAAUUCAUAGGAUGAGGAGGAUGGGGUCAGCGUCACGGAAAGGGAGAGUCUUCUGCAACGCAUGCGGCAAAACCUUUUACGACAAGGGCACCCUCAAAAUCCACUACAACGCUGUCCAUCUUAAGAUCAAGCACAGGUGCACGAUUGAAGGCUGCAACAUGGUGUUCAGCUCGCUCAGAAGUCGCAACCGUCACAGUGCUAACCCCAAUCCCCGACUUCAUAUGCCCAUGCUAAGGAACAAUCGAGACAAGGAUCUCAUCCGCGCUACAUCAGGCGCCGCUACCCCUGUCAUAGCAAGUACAAAGUCCAGCUUAACGUUAACAAGCCCUGGCAGGCCUCCAAUGGGUUUUACCACUCCCCCGCUAGAUCCUGUGCUACAAAACCCAUUGCCUAGCCAACUUGUGUUCCCAGCUUUAAAGACUGUGCAGCCUGUUCCUCCUUUUUACAGAAGUUUACUUACGCCAGGCGAGAUGGUGAGCCCUCCAACCUCAUUGCCGACUAGCCCUUUAAUGCCAGCAGCUGGCACCGUAGAGCAGCUCCCCCUGCCGCCUUCGGAAUCAACAGCCCCUGCGUUGAUGAUGCCCACGCAAGAGGCAAAUACUGACCUUGCCCCGAAGAAGAAGCCAAGAAAGUCCAGCAUGCCUGUAAAAAUAGAGAAGGAAGUUAUUGACACCGCCGACGAGUUUGAUGACGAAGAUGAGGAUGUCAACGAUAACCGGAGUGUGACUAACGAUGGUGGUCAUGACAAUCACUGUCAUUCUCAGGAAGAAAUGAGCCCUGGGUUGUCUGUGAAAGACUUCUCCAAAAACGGGAGGAACAGGUGCAUUUCGAGGACGGAGCUGAGAAGGGCAGAUAGCAUGACGUCGGAAGAUCAAGAGCACGAGAGAGACUAUGAAAACGAGUCAGAAUCCUCGGAACCAAAACUGUGCGAGGAAUCCAUGGAAGGCGAUGAACCCAUGAUGCAUGAGAGAAACCACACAUCCAUGAUGAACCACGACAGGCCAGAUGAAAACCACCACGGCAUUUCCCACCAAGAUGAAGUUAAGGUGAAGGAAGAAUUUACCGACCCUACCUAUGAGAUGUUCUACAUGAGCCAAUAUGGACUUUACAACGGGGGCAGUGCCAGUAUGGCUGCCCUCCACGAAAGCUUCACUUCCACUUUCAACUAUAACAGUCCCCAGAAGUUCUCCCCAGAGGGCGAUUUGUGCUCAAGCCCAGACCCCAAGAUCUGCUACGUGUGCAAGAAGAGUUUCAAGAGCUCCUACAGCGUGAAGCUCCACUAUAGGAAUGUGCAUUUAAAAGAGAUGCAUGUCUGCACAGUGGCUGGUUGUAACGCUGCCUUCCCUUCAAGGCGAAGCAGAGACAGAUUGUGCAGUUGGUCCGGUAACCAUCAGGACAACAGUAAAGCUGAUCUUAUCACAAGACACAGUGCUAACAUAAACUUGCACCGUAAACUGUUGACCAAAGAACUGGAUGACAUGGGCCUGGACACUUCGCAGCCCUCGCUUAGCAAGGACCUCCGCAACGAGUUUUUGAUGAAGAUCUACGGCGCCCCGCAUCAGAUGGGCUUUGACAUACGGGAAGACACCUCCUCCCCGGCAGGUACUGAGGACUCCCACCUGAACGGGUACGGAAGGGGCAUGUCAGAAGAAUACAUGGUGCUAGACCUCAGCACCACCUCCAGCAUCCAGUCUAGCAGUAGCAUCCAUUCCUCCAGAGAAUCCGAUGCGGGGAGCGACGAGGGGAUUCUCCUUGAUGACGUGGACGGCGCAAGUGACAGUGGGGAGUCGUCACACAAGGCGGACCCCCCGGCCUUAGGGGUCGGCGUGGGCGCCGAAGUCCCGGGCUCCCUCAUGUUCAACAGCAUUUCCAUGAGCAACGGGGGGAUCGUGUGUAACAUUUGCCACAAAAUGUACAGCAACAAGGGGACUCUCAGGGUGCAUUACAAGACUGUGCACCUGCGGGAGAUGCACAAGUGCAAAAUCCCUGGGUGCAACAUGAUGUUUUCUUCUGUCCGCAGCCGGAACCGGCACAGUCAGAACCCAAACCUGCAUAAAAACAUUCCCUUCGCUUCACUAGACUAGUUCAAAGAUGGACGUGGCAAACGCCAGUAGCUCUCGCAGAGGGUUUCCGCUACUUUGAACUGCCAUUUACAGACUAUUAUAUAAAUAUAUAUAAAUAUAAAUAUAAAUAUAUAUCUUUUUUUUUCUUUUUUAACAAAACAGAAAAAAACAAACACCAGGUGCUUUUUUUUCCUUUUUCUAUUUUUUUUUCUUUUCUUGUUUGUCUGUUUUUAUUUUGUGUGGGUUGGGGUAGUAAGUUUAACCUGGGAGGAAAUUUCCACUGCUUCAAAGAGAACAAACGAACGUACACACACACACAAACACGAACAAACUUGCAUUCUGGAGCCCCACUUUUGUUAUAAAACUCGUGGUCAUCUCCAAAGAGACUGUUUCUUUUACCUUUGACUGUCGCCUGCAAUCUUGAGGAAGGGGAGAAAUGCGGGGGAGGGGGGGCCACAAGGAAACACAGCACUGCAGAGAGAGGGGAGGGGGGGAAAGAACAAGUACAAUUGUCUUUUGUGUAUGUUAAACCUUUGAGAGGACCAUCAACUACACAUGGCUGUUACACUUGUAUAUAUUGAGCCUUGAAGGGCCUAUCAUGUAAAACAAUUGUAUUGAUGGUGGUUAACUUUUUGUUUUAUUUUUAUUUGGGGGGGUUGUUUUUUGUUCGGUUCGGUUUUACAUUUACAUCCAGCUGUUAGAUAUGCGGGGAAGGGGGGAGAAUAGUUUGCUGGCUAGCUCUGUUCAUUUAUAUUAGCUUCAGUGCACAUUUAGAAAAAAGAAAAAAAGAAGAAAACACAAGGUCUUGUUUUUUAACUACCUGCUAGAGAUGCGUAAUGGGGAGGUGCUGGCAUGCUUUAGAGCACCUGAUCUGAUACAGUUUUUUUUAAGGGAUUUUUUUUGUCUUGUUACUAUUACAUAAAUCCAGUCAUGCACUUUUUUCUUACACAAUGUGGGGAUGUGUAAUAAUAUCCAUACCCUUUUUUCCCUUAAAAAGUAUUGCCAUACUUUCAGUGUCUUAUUGAUUAAGAAAAAAAAGAAAGAAAAGAAUUAACACUUUGUUAGAAGUGGUCCGGUCAGUAUGGGGCGAGAAUGCCGAACAAAUAAAAUAAAAAAAUAAAAGUGUUAAAUGUUAACACGAAACUGCCAACUUUGCACAAGUUUUCAGUAACCAAAAUAUAAUCAGCUGCUGUGGCCUGCGGGGAAAAAUAUCCUAGGAAUUUGGGAGCAAGGAGAGAAUACACAUGAAUGUCCUUCUCGGGUUCUAAAUAUUAUCCACAAGUGAGUCUGUAGGUUUGUAGACAAGAAAAACAGAGAUUCGCAGUGCGAGACAUUUCUUCAACUGAGAAAGGAUGGGCUUCCAGUUGAAAUUGUCCAGUUGAAUUGUGUGGGACUUACUUUUGAUCUGUAGUAGCUUAGAAGGAGGUCACAGUGACUUAAGGGCCAAAUCCGAAAUCCUGAAAUGAAUUUGUGUGUUCUCUACUGAAGACUUGGGCUUUAGUUGCAUGAAAAUGAAAAACAAUUCUAACCUCUGCAAAGUUGUCUGGUGUGCACUGGAAAGUGCCGAGGUAUGAUCAAGGCAUGGUUUUUGUUUUUUUUAAUAGAAGCAAUCGGAAGCCAUUCAUGGCACAAGCACUUAAAGCUUGGAAACGGUGUGCCAUUCAUUAGAUUGGGUAAUUUCCCCUUUGGAGAAAUCGGAAGCUGGUGGCUGCGUAUAGGGAGGGACCCAAACCGAAAAUUCAUGUUUUCAUCUUUUGUACUUUCCCAACAUGAUUUGUCAGAGAACAAUUACAGUAGAGUUGGGAAAGAGUGUGUUAGAGGAGAGGCCAAUGAUUGAGGAAGACAGGGAGAAGCUGCUCACCAAAUCUUUUUUUCUUCUUCUUCUUUUUGUUUCUGGUGUUUACAUGUGUUGUCUGAGCAUGGCAAACCGCACUGGCAGCCUGCGUUACCACAGCAUACUGACUGAAUGAUGAUAUUUACUUAAGCUCAGCCUACAGCCAAGACCAUUAUGGUGUGUGUCAUAUAACAGAUCUUUUCUCUCUCUCUCUCUUUUUUUUAAAAAAAGAAUACACAAGGAAUAUUUCCGCACACAGUGCAUUGCUAACUCAAAGAGAGUGCUUUUCUUUCCUAGAACAUUUCUCUUGUAACUGCGAAACCAGAAAUACUUGGGUUGCUUUCAGCUUCCAAGUUGACUCUGUUGUGCAAUUUCAACCACUGUUCAUUGCAAAUUGGCAUUAGCAAUCCAGUCUUAAUUUUACUAGCGGAAACUAUUCCAGUUAAAUAGAUUCCCCCGUCUUCCUUGGCCCUCAUCCACCUCUAGUUAGUUGUGGCUGAGUCUCAUUUGAACCAACAGGAAGACGUUAGUCUCAACUGAACUAAACCCUAUCCUUUCACUGGGACUUAGGCUUGUCUAACUUUUCCUUGUUUGGAAGCAGUAUAUGCUACAGUACUUUUUUUCUCCUAAAACAAAAAUAUAAAUACUAGUUGCAGUAUCUCCAUGUGUGUGUAAAAAAGAAAAAGAAAAAGAUGUCUUUAUUAAUUGAAAUGCCUUAUCUUAGGCCAUAUUUCUUUGUUUUCAAAUAGUGGACACAACUUCUGACAUUAUUUACAGAUUUCCUACAGACUCUUUUAAAAGUGUUACCGACCAGUAUGUCAAAAAAAUAUGUUUACAUCAAAAACCUCCACAAUUUUUGCUGACUUGAUUUUUUUUUCAUUUGUGCUUUGUCUUUUUUCCAAAGUCUUAAUUACUUUUGUUUAUAAAAAUUAAAUGGAGAGAUGCUUUGUUUUGUUUUAUGCUACGUAUGUACGGUAUGCUUGUGAAAGGGAACAUAGAAAAGUAAAGGUUUGUUCUUCCCAAACAAAUUAACUUUUGUAGUGUUAUCUGUACUGCACUGUCUCUUCAAACCCUGCCCUCUGCCCAGCUAUUAGGAACCAAGUGAGAAGAAAUGUUGAAAAAGGCAAAACGAACCUUUAAAAAUGGCUAAGUGAUAUCUAAGGAACAUUUUUUUAAAAAAUUAAAAAACCCAACACUGUUUUUGAAGUAUGUAUGGUAUAAAUAAAUAUCGUUUUUAAUGAAAAACAUAUUUGAGGUAUAUAAAUAAUUCUUUCCUGAAUAAAUCACUGUUCUGCAUUCUCA